CACACACAAACACACACACACACACACGCAUAGCAAACUCGCUGCUCAGCCAGUCGGUCCUCUGCAACUUUUGCAGACUCCUCACUCCACGGACAUGUCGCACCACGGCUGACGACGAGCCGUCAUAGCGGCUCACCCACGGAGCCUCCAGACCAGAUCAUCCGCGGUCAUCGGGAACCACCGUGCAAAGACGCCCCGGACGGGAAUUCUAAGCCGUUUUCAUCACUCAUGAACCGGGGCCAGUAAUGCAGGAGACACCUCUCGUCCAAGAUGGCAGAUUUUUAUUGAGUUUUGAGCGGAAAUCAGCAUUUAUUGUUUGCCAUGAAUAACAUCGAGCCUUGCACCGAUGGCCCCUGUAUACGAAGGUAUGGCCUCGCAAGUGCAAGUGUUCUCCCCUCACGCUCUUCCGACAAGUGCCUUCUUUAGCGUGAAGAAACUGAAGGUGGAGCGGAGUCGCAACUGGGAUAUGACCGGGUAUGGCACGCACAACAAAGUCUACAACCACAACGGCGGCAAGAACGUGUCGGCGCUGAGCGGCGCCAUCGGUAUCAACGGCGGCUCGGCGUUGCCCUUCGAGCAGGCGCUGAUCUUCCCAGGAAGCGCAGGCCACAUUGUGGUCGCAUCGGCGAGUAGCACUUCAGGGGGAAUCGGGUCUUUGUUGAGCGGCGGGGGUGGAGGCAGUAACGGAAGCGGCGGCGGAGGAGGCGGCGGCGGGGUUCAAAAUCUGACCCGCCGCAGCACGGUCAGUCUCCUCGACACCUACCAGCGAUGCGGUCUUAAACGUAAAAGCGAGGAACUGGACAACAACAGUAGCGUCCAGAUCAUCGAGGAACACGGUCCGUCAUCGAUGAUCCAGAACGGGGCGGCCAGCGGCGCCACCGUGGCUACCGUAGCCACCGCCGCUUCCACGGCAAAUUCCAAGAACAGCAACUCCAACAACGAAGGGGACUACCAUCUAGUCCAGCAUGAGGUGCUCUGCUCCAUGACUAACACUUAUGAAGUUCUGGAAUUCUUAGGACGAGGAACUUUCGGGCAAGUCGUCAAGUGCUGGAAAAGGGGCACCAAUGAAAUCGUGGCGAUUAAGAUCCUUAAAAACCACCCGUCGUACGCCCGUCAGGGUCAGAUCGAGGUCAGUAUCCUGGCCCGUCUGAGCACGGAAAGCGCCGACGACUACAACUUCGUGAGAGCCUACGAGUGCUUCCAGCACAAGAACCACACGUGCCUGGUUUUCGAGAUGCUGGAGCAGAACCUCUACGACUUCCUGAAACAGAACAAGUUCAGUCCGCUGCCGUUGAAGUACAUCCGACCCGUGUUGCAGCAGGUGGCGACGGCGUUGAUGAAGCUGAAGAGUCUGGGUUUGAUUCACGCCGACCUGAAACCGGAGAACAUCAUGCUAGUGGAUCCGUCUCGGCAACCCUACAGAGUGAAGGUCAUUGACUUCGGUUCUGCUAGCCACGUUUCCAAAGCGGUCUGCUCCACGUAUCUUCAGUCCAGAUACUACAGGGCUCCAGAAAUCAUCCUGGGUCUGCCGUUCUGCGAGGCCAUAGACAUGUGGUCUCUGGGCUGCGUGAUAGCUGAGCUCUUCCUGGGUUGGCCUCUCUAUCCUGGGGCCUCGGAGUACGAUCAGAUCCGGUACAUCUCACAGACUCAGGGUCUGCCUGCAGAGUAUCUGUUGAGUGCAGGGACAAAGACCACCAGGUUCUUCAACAGAGACCCCGAGUCCACCUACCCUCUUUGGAGACUGAAGACUCCUGAGGACCAUGAAGGAGAAACAGGGAUCAAGUCCAAGGAGGCCCGCAAGUACAUCUUCAACUGCUUGGACGAUAUGGCCCAGGUGAACAUGACGUCAGAUCUGGAAGGGAGCGACUUGCUGGCAGAGAAAUCCGACAGAAGAGAGUUUAUCGAUUUGCUAACCAAGAUGCUAACCAUCGACGCCGAUAAGAGGAUCACGCCCAUCGAAACGCUCAACCACUCCUUCGUGACGAUGUCGCAUCUUCUCGAUUUCCCGCACAGCACACAUGUGAAAUCAUGCUUCCAGAAUAUGGAGAUCUGCAAACGUCGCGUCAACAUGUACGACACGGUCAACCAGAGCAAGACGCCCUUCAUCGCCCACGUGGCCCCCAGCACCUCCACCAACCUCACCAUGACCUUCAACAACCAGCUCAACACUGUGCACAGCCAGCCCUCCGCCGCCUCCAUGGCAGCCGUGGCCCAAAGGAGCAUGCCCCUGCAGCCGGGGGCCCCUCAGCUCUGCGCUGCCCGGCCGCCCGAUCCCUUCCAGCAGGCGCUCAUCGUGUGUCCGCCCGGCUUCCAAGGACUGCAGGCGUCUCCUUCCAAGCACAACAGUUACUCCAUGCGGAUGGAGAAUGCUGUUCCCAUAGUGACCCAGGCCCCCGGUGCCCAGCCCCUGCAGAUCCAACCUGGUCUCCUUACUCAGCAGGCUUGGCCCAGCGGGACCCAGCAGAUCCUGCUACCUCCGGCCUGGCAGCAGCUCACUCACACCUCAGUCCAGCACGCCGCCGUCAUUCCGGAAUCCAUCGGAAGCACACAGCCUCUGGCCGGAUGGAGGAAUUCGCACCCCCACGGCAGCCAUUACAAUCCCAUCAUGCAGCAGCCGGCCUUGUUGGCGGGCCACGUCACGCUCCCAUCCAACCAGACGCUCAAUGUCGGGGUCGCUCACGUCAUGAGGCAACCCUCGUCCAAUAGCCACGCCUCGUCCAAAAAGAACAAACAGCACCAGAAUUCUGUCAGGAACACUUCAGCCUACGAAGUGUCGUCCUCCCAGGCGGUCCUGUCGCCGCAGCGUUCCAAACGGGUGAAGGAGAACACGCCCCCGCGAUGCGCCGUGCUUCAGAACGGCUCCGCCUCCAUCUGCCCUCCAUCGCAGAGCUGCGGGGGCGGGGGCGGAGGCUGGGGCGCCAUGGAGGCGGAGCCACCGGCCACCAGCACAACACGCGAGCAUUCCAACCAGCAGCACGUUCCCAGACAGACCAUCAUCAUUCCCGACACGCCCAGCCCCGCCGUCAGCAUCAUCACCAUCAGCAGCGACACGGAUGACGAGGACGACCACAAACGCAACAACGGCUCCUCGUCGAAGCCAAGGAAGAACGUAAUCAGCUGCGUGACGGUCCACGACUCCCCCGACACGGACUGUUCCAUUAACAACAGUCCUUACACUGUGGAGUCCAGACCCGCCAACAACAACAACAACAACAACAGCAGCAGCUACGACACCAAGACCACCAUCUUGGAUAAUUCCAACAACGGGAACCCGCGCACCAUCAUCAUCCCACCGCUCAAAUCCCAGACCAGCGAAGUCGUGAACGAGUGUGAACGUUUGAUGCCAGAUGCAAUGAAUCAUCAGAAUUCCGCCUACAAGUUGAAAUCCUCCAAUGGAGCGGUCUCGGGCAAUAAUCACAUCCCAGGGGGCGUGGCCGCAUCCUACCGACAUCAGCGCUCAGGGCCGCACAGCCUUCAGCAGCAGCCUCUUAAUCUCAGCCAGGCCCAGCAGCACAUGGUAGCAGAACGAAACGGAGCUCACCGCCGCCAGCAGGCCUACAUCACCCCCACCAUGUCUGCUCAGGCUCCAUACUCCUUCCACCACAACAGCCCCUCCCACACGGGCGCCGUGCACCCCCACCUGGCAGCCCCGCACCUCCCCAGCCAGCCCCACCUCUACACCUACACCGCCCCCGCCGCGUUGGGUUCCACGGGCACCGUAGCUCACCUGGUGGCGUCGCAGGGCUCGGCACGCCACGCGGUCCAGCAUGGGGGCUACCACCCGGUUCCGGUCAGCGUGGGCCACCGCGUGCUUCCUUCCCCGACCCUCCACCACAACCAGUACCAGACCCAGUUUGCCCACCAGGCCUACAUCAGCGCUUCGCCGGCGUCCGCCGUCUACACUGGAUACCCGCUGAGCCCCACCAAGGUCAACCAGUACCCUUACCUCUAGACGAGACACUGGAAGGGGCGGGGCUUGAUCCCACUUAGCCCCGCCUCCACCUCAUCCCCUUAACUUGAAGACAUGACAGAAGGAAGAAGAAACAAGAUUGACAGCUCGAUUAUUUCGAUUUUUUUUUUUCGCUAAAAAGGGCCAGUUUUUUUAUCGGCCCGUCUUGACUACGGAAUGGGGGGGGGGGGGGGGGGUCGGGAUGGAAGUUGGGAAUCCCAAAAAUGAUUGGAUAAAGGUGAAAUACGGAAAAACCCUGCUGCUCUUCAAAGAUAACAAAAUAUCGAUGGCCUUGAACUGUCUUAAUAUUUCCACGUUUUUCCGGUGUCGGGAGGAAAAAAAAGAAAGCAACUCCAACUUCACUCCGAAUUCUUGGAGUUGCUCCCGGGAAUAUAACCAACAAAAGACAAGAAACUUUUCUAAUGUAUUUAUAGAUUUUUUUUCUUUUAUGUUUUCUCGAUAUUUCGGUUUUAGCGAUAGCGUCAUUGGUAGAAUGUAGCAGGCUGCAUCGGUCAGUUUUUUUUUCGGAAUCUCCCCGGAAUUGUUUUUUUCCCUGAUACCAAUAGAUUGAUUUGUUAUUUUUAAUGUGAUUGCACAAACUGGUUAUGAUAACAUAAGCAUGUAUAAUGUGAUUAUGUGUGUGUGUGUGUGUGUUGUCCACCAUUUUUAGGUUUCGUUCCCUCGUAGUGCCUUACAGAUGACGUAACAGUUUAUUCCCAAAGUCACACAACACAUCGGAGUGUUCGGAUUUGACAGGCUAAUGACGGGAUACGGGAUGCGGGAUACGGGAUAAGGUAGCGCUCUUCCAGGUGUAACUUGGUGCAGUCGAAUUCAGGAUGCUUCAUGUCAGAGCUCCUUAAUAGGAAGUCGGAAUUUUUUUUUUUCACUAAAUGUUAUUUGGAUGUUCUGAACUCCUGUUUCAACCCAAAUAUUCCAGGAUAUUCCAUAUUCCGGGAUAAAUAUUGAGAAUGCUUCAUAUUCCAAGAUAAAUAUUAAUGUCAGAGCUCCUUAAUAGGAAGUCGGAAUUUUUUUUCCACCUGUUUCAACCCAAAUAUUCCAGGAUAUUCCAUAUUCCGGGAUAGAUAUUGAGGAUGCUUCAUAUUCCAAGAUAAAUAUUAAGGAUGUUUAAUGUCAGAGCUCCUUGAUAGGAAGUCGGAAUUUUUUUUUCACCUGUUUCAACCCAAAUAUUCCAGGAUAUUCCAGGAUAUUCCAUAUUCCGGGAUAAAUAUUGAGGAUGCUUCAUAUUCCAAGAUAAAUAUUAAGGAUGUUUAAUGUCAGAGCUCCUUAAUAGGAAGUCGGAAUUUUUUUCCCACCUGUUUCAACCCAAAUAUUCCAGGAUAUUCCAUAUUCCGGGAUAAAUAUUGAGGAUGCUUCAUAUUCCAAGAUAAAUAUUAAGGAUGUUUAAUGUCAGAGCUCCUUAAUAGGAAGUUGGAAUUUUUUUUCUCACCUGUUUCAACCCAAAUAUUCCAGGAUAUUCCAUAUUCCGGGAUAAAUAUUGAGGAUGCUUCAUAUUCCAAGAUAAAUAUUAAGGAUGUUUAAUGUCAGAGCUCCUUGAUAGGAAGUCGGAAUUUUUUUUUUUCACUAAAUGUUAUUUGGAUGUUCUGAACUCCUGUUUCAACCCAAAUAUUCCAGAAUAAUCCAUAUUCCGGGAUAAAUAUUGAAGAUGUUUCAUAUUCCAAGAUAAAUAUUAAGGAUGUUUAAUGUCAGAGCUCCUUGAUAGGAAGUCGGAAUUUUUUUUUUCACUAAAUGUUAUUUGGAUGUUCUGAACUCCUGUUUCAACCCAAAUAUUCCAGGAUAUUCCAUAUUCCGGGAUAAAUAUUGAGAAUGCUUCAUAUUCCAAGAUAAAUAUUAAGGAUGUUUAAUGUCAGAGCUCCUUGAUAGGAAGUCGGAUUUUUUUCCCCCCACCUGUUUCAACCCAAAUAUUCCAGGAUAUUCCAUAUUCCGGGAUAAAUAUUGAGGAUGCUUCAUAUUCCAAGAUAAAUAUUAAGGAUGUUUAAUGUCAGAGCUCCUUGAUAGGAAGUCGGAAUUUUUUUUCCACCUGUUUCAAACCAAAUAUUCCAGGAUAUUCCAUAUUCCGGGAUAAAUAUUGAGGAUGCUUCAUAUUCCAAGAUAAAUAUUAAGGAUGUUUAAUGUCAGAGCUCCUUGAUAGGAAGUCGGAAUUUUUUUUCACCUUUU